AUGGUUUAUGAAUCAUUUCAACAUCCCGAACAAAUAGUCUACCUCGGUGGAUAUGUUUCUACAUCGGUGUGGUCAUUGAUGAGAUUAAAUUUAACAGAUGGGGGUGUGGAAACAAUUUUGGAAACUGUUGGAUAUUUGGCUAAACCAAUCAAUGAGAAUGGAAAUGAUAUAUUUUACUGUAUGAAGGAAGAAGCUGGUGUUUGUAAUCUAGUUAAAUAUAAUGCUACUAGUGGGAGUUCUGUGAUUAUAGCUGGUGGUCGAUCCUGUGAUUGUGAUUCGCAAACAACUACACAAUUGAGUGAAAUGACAUUUUGCUUGUUGGGUUUACUUUCUGUUCACAAAAAGAAUGACCUGAUUCUUAUUUACUAUUCAGAUUAUACGAGAAUUUAUGAAAUCGAUGAGAGACAGUCCUCUGUGAAAAAGAUUCCAGGAUUUGACGACUUGUUACAUAUUAAUUCUAUUCAUGUCAAUUCAAACAAUGAUUUGUACAUUGCUGCUUUGUACACUAUAAGGAAAUUACAUCAUACAAGUGGAAACAUAACGACAAUCAUCUCACUUAGUGGCAGCAGCAACUUUUUGACAUUUGAGCUUGACAAUAAUGAAAUUAUUGACAGUGUCGAGUCUUUUUACUAUUUUAAGUUUCCAGACUUUCAAAUAUUUAAAACCACUGUCAAGUACUCGGGAUCUUCCAUCAUUGGAAUGAAUACUACAUCAAUAGGUGGUGCUUUUAUAACAUCAGGAGAUUCAGGGGAUGGAGGUUUAGCCACUGACGCUUCCAUUAAUUUUUUGAAUUCACUUUCUGUUAUUGGAAGUAAAUUGUGGUUGAUAGGAAUUAACCAUAUAAGACAAAUUGAUUUGAAAACUGGCAUUAUUUCAUCUCUAUUUUCAAAGAAUGGAAUGAGAGUUUUUAAUAUGAAUGCAAAAGAUAUGAAAGCACCAUUUUUACUAAGGUCACCCAAAGAUUUGAUCUAUUCAGAUAGUAGCGGCUCUCCAUCGUUAUUAAUUCUGGAAUCUGGAUCCGCAUCAAUACUCAAUUACACACUCUCAGAUGGAAAUAUUGGAAUAGUUGAAAAUACAUUAGUUCCACUCUCACAAGAUGAACCGUAUCGAGCAACACCAAUAAUUUCUAACCCAUACUCAAUAGCAUUGGACUUGAAUUCAAAUUUACUAAUUUCAAAUGAUAUUAGUUAUUGGACUGUAAACUUUCUUGUCAAACUCAACAAAUCAAAUACUGCUAGCCAUUCCAUUUUAUUUGGAAACAAAUUUUCCACUUCAAGAGAUGCACCAACCAAUGUCAAAUCCUCAGUACUGAACAGACCAUCAGGAGUCUCCUCUUUUGCCUCUUCAAAUGAUAUUUUGAUUUUUGUGUCAGAUACGAGUAAUGAUCGUGUGUUAAUGAUCAGCUCAACAAAUGGAACUAUUUCAACAAUUGCAAAUAAGAAGGAUCAUGGAAUUAGUGGACCAUCUGGCAUUACUACACUUAGACGUGAAGGAGAAACAUAUAUAUUCUUCUCGGAUAGUAAUCACUGUGUGUGGCGUAUUCACUUGCUAUCAAAAACUGUUUCACUUAUUGCUGGUCAACCAGGUAUUAAAGGACAUAUAGAUGGAAUAGCAUUGAACAGCACUUUCAACCACCCUUCAGGAAUACAUGCUGAAUAUAGUGCUAUUUAUGUUGCAGACUCUAAUAAUCAUGUUAUUCGUAAAAUUACGUUAUCUACUGGAAUAGUUUCAACAGUUGCUGGAUCUGGAGAACCAGGUUACAAUGGAGAUGGUAAAUUACCACUCGAAACUCAAUUCAAUAACCCAAUGGGUGUCAUUUCAGCACAAAUGGGUUUAAUUGUUGCUGAUACAAAUAAUCAUAGAAUUAGAGUGAUUACAGAUGUAACAGUAAAAACACUUGCAGGAACAGGAAUUGAUGGAAGUAGUGGUGAUGAAGGUCCAGCUAUCAGAAGUCAGCUCUUUUAUCCUCACAGUGUCAGUUAUGGGUAUUCAGACAUUUAUGUUGCUGAUACAUUUAACAAUAAGAUUAGGGCCAUUUCAACAACUGAUUUCAACAUUAGAACAGUUGUUAGCCAGACAGGAUUUCCUGGAUUUGAGGGAGAUGGCGAUUCAGCACUUACUGCCAAAAUUAAUGGGCCUAUGUCUGUUCAUGCAGUAGCAAAUUCCUUAGAGGAGAAGAUGGUACUAGUGGCCGAUACUAGAAAUGAUAAAAUUCGAGUCUAUACUAUGAAAAAGACAAUAGAAAUACUUGCUGGAGGAGUUGGAGAUUUAGGUCCUUCUGAAAAUGCUAUUGGAAAUUGUCUUGGAUUGACCAUCGCACCAAAUAAUGACAUUUAUUUCACUGAUGUAACGAAUAACAUGAUUAGGAUGAUUAGAAAUGGAAUUGUGCACACAAUCGCUGGAAAUGGUGGAUAUGGAUUCUAUGCAGAUGAUAUUAAUUCAUUACAAACAUCUUUGGCCUACCCAUCUGGUAUUGCUUAUUCAAAAAUCACAGGGGACAUCAUAUUUUCUGACCGAAACAAUCACCGAAUUAGAAUAGUUUACAAAAAUGGAACAAUUUCAACAUUGGCUGGAACAGGUAUUAAGGGAUUUAGUGGAGAUGGACUACCUGCUAAAAACGCCCAACUUAACAGUCCAACAUUUUUAAAGCUCAUUCCUCCAUACGAGGAUAUCAUUUUCUCAGAUUCUAACAAUGGUAGAAUUAGAAGAAUCAAAGAUGGAAUAAUUACAACAAUUGCUGGAAAUGGAACAGACACAUCCUAUGGAGGUCUAUACUAUUCUAAUAUGGAAUUGUCAGCAGUGAGUGCUCCAUUGGGAAUUCCUGAAGGUAUUACAUUUUCCAAUGAUGGAAAAGGUGAAAUCUACAUUUCAGAUUCCAAAUAUAAUGUCAUAUACAAGAUGAAACCCUACUGCAAAGAUGGGUAUGUCCUUAGUAUGACAAUGACAGAAUGUAUAGCCACAUGCUUUGGCAUUGCUUCAAAUGAAAGCACUUCGUGCAAUGGCGGAAAUGGAACGUGUGUUGAAUAUAACAAGUGUGUGUGCCAUGCUGGAUUUUCUGGCUCUCAAUGUCAAUAUCCUAUUUGUAAUGGGAUUUCCAGUGAAAGCCAGUCUGUUUGUUCUUCUAAUGGAACUUGUAUUUCUCCAAAUAAUUGUAAUUGUAGUAUUGGAUAUACAGGUGUUUCAUGUCAAAUUGCAAUUUGUUUUGGAAUAUCUGGAUCUGAAGCUUGCAAUCGUAAUGGAAAUUGUGUAAAGCAUGAUAUGUGCGAAUGUAAGGAAGGCUUUGGUGGAGAGAGAUGUGAAUACAGCAAUUUAAUGUUGGGAAUUGUUCUUGGACUGAUAGGAUUUUUUGCAUUGGUCAUUGCAAUCAUUUCAGUUGUCUUGAUUUUCAUCACAAGGAAGUACAGAAAGCAAAAGAGGAUAAAUGAUACUGACCUCACUUUAGAUCAAAGACUCUUAUCUCAAUCUGAAAUGGAAUAUACAAGUAAUGGCUCUGGAUCCAAGCCAACCAGUGAGGAGGAGCAGAAUUUUAUUAUUCCUGUUGAGCUGUUACACAUGGACAAACCAAUUAAGAGACUUGGAGAAGGAGGAAUGGGAAGUGUCUUUUCAACCAAAUAUAAUGGAAUUAUUAUUGCUGUCAAAGUAUUUGACUUGAAUAAUAUUAAUAUUUCAGAAGAUGAUUUCAAAUUUGAAGCCAUUCUAUUGUCCAAAUUGAGACAUCCCAACAUUAUCAAUUUUUAUGGUAUUUCAUCAACACCCACAAAGAGGUUUAUUGCAAUGGAAUAUAUGGAUAAGAGUUUGGAAUCCUUGAUUAGAAGCUUGGAAUUACACCAAUUGAAGUGUUCACUUCAACUGAAACUGUCCAUUCUACUCAAUGUAGCCAGUGGAAUCAAUUAUCUACAUUGUUUGGAGCCGAACUUUAUUGUCCACAGAGAUUUGAAACCAGCAAAUAUUCUUUUAGACAAGAAUGGAACUGCCAAGUUGUGUGAUUUUGGAUUGGGAAGAGUCUUGUCUUCUCACAGCAUUUCAGCCCUCACCAAUCAUAUUGGAACGAGUAAUUAUAUGAGGUUAGUUUUUUUCUGA